AUGAAGCAGCGCAUUGACAAGGGCGAGGAUGUCGACCUCUCCAAGAUACAGGACCCGCACACGGUGUGUGGCCUUAUGAAGCAGUACCUGCGCGAGCUUCCCGAGCCCUUGUGCACCUUCGAGCUGUAUGACUGCUUCAUCGCCGCUAUCGGCAUACCAGAAGAGACCAUGCGGAGGCAACAGCUCGCCAACGUGCUGGACAUGCUGCCAGAGCAGAACCAAAUCCUGACCAAGUACCUCAUCUCUUUCCUUGUCCGCGUCUCGUCCUACGCCAGCGACAACCUCAUGACAGCCGCCAACCUCGCCACGGUGUUUGCGCCCAAUCUGAUUCGACCGCCGGGCGAUGAUCUCGGCGCCCUCGUCGAAUACACACCACACUCCAACCGGACCAUGGAGACCCUCAUCUUGCACUACGACGAGCUGCUCGCCAAAUUCCCUGACCCAGCACCGCUGAGCACGCCUCCGGCAGAGAUCCACCAAAAGUCGGGUUGGAACCACAUGAAGAUCCUCCCCCAGGGCUGGAAGCCCAACUCCACCCCCGCCGCGCAGCCGGCCGCCGCCACAGCCACCGCCACAAACACCUCAAACGCGCCGCUGCCCACCGGCCCACCACCACCGCUGCCUCCGCACCCCACAGCGUCCUAUUCGUCGACGCCCCCGGCGCUGCCGCCCUACAAUGCCGCGGCCUACGCGCCGCUGCCUACCGGGCCGCCGCCACCGCUGCCGCCCGCGCCCCACAACUCCACCUCCUCCUCGCUCAACAGCCAACAACCGCCACAGCCACUGCCGCGGCCGGCCCAGCUGUCGUACUACGGCGCGCAGGCCGCGUCGAGCUCCGGCCCGUACCAGACGCGAACGAUGACGGUGCCCCACGACGGCAGCGGCAGCGGCAGCGGCAGCGAGAUCCUCCCGCGCAGACCGGCGCCGCAGCGGCCGCCGCCGGCGCAGCCGUCGCCCACGCUGCCGGCCGGCCUCCCGCCCAUUCCGGCCGGCUCCGGCCUGGGCCGAGCGCAGCUUACCGGCAGCGACCCGGCCGCCGCCGCCCCGGCCAGCCCCAACCAGGGCCGGCCGCUGCCGACGCGACAGCCGGAAGGGGAGACCGUCGGCAAGAAGUGGCUGCCGCUGGCCGGCAGCGGGACCCAGGACGCCUCGAACACGUAUCCGCCGGCCCAAUCGCCCCUCGCGACGUCCUCGCUCGAUGAUCCAAGCAUCCCGCGCCGAGGCGCUCGGGUCAUGAAGAAGGACGAAGUGUCGAAAGUGCAGACGUCGUCGGUGACCGCGAUGAUCACCAAGAGCAUGCAGAACAGCUCUUCAUCCUCCUCCUCCACUCCCUCUGCAUCUUCUUCCUCUUCCACCACAUCAUCGUCGGCGAGCGCCAGCAAGCUCAUCAAGCCGUUCGUGCCGCCCACGGGCGUGUCGGCCUCCACCCGCGGACCGUCGCCCUCGGCCGCGGCCAAGCAACAGCAGACCCGCAACCCGUCGCACACCGUCUCAGGCGCGGCGCCGCCCUUCGCCUCCACAGCGCCACCGGUGGCCUACAGCCGACCACCCGCCUCGCCCUCACUCGGCUCCUCGGGGUCUUCGUCGUUGGCGUCGACCAACAACAACGUCACCUACGCGCAGCAGCCCGCCAAGGCCUCGAGCAUGAUCGGCGGUCAGGUGAGCGUGUCGCCCUCGAUUCAGGAGCGGAUGCGCAACUUCGGCUCGUAA